GAGAGAGAGUGUAUAAAUCUUGAGAUGUGUUUUUGAUACCUCCACUCUUAUCUUUCUUCUAAUCUUAAUCUCUAAUUUUUCUAGUACCAAAACUAAUGAAAGUAUAAAGUUACAAAAUAAAAAUGUAAGAUCCCCUAACAAUGGGUUCAUUUUGCCUCUGAUACUCCGGAAUAAAUAAAAAAAAUAAAAAAAAUUUACUUUGAGACUUUGCGGAUUUUAAAAACUCUUCACAAACUGGUUACUAACCUAAUCCUAAAUCCAAACCCAUUUCAAGUGAGACGGAUGGAGCGGGCCCCGCAGGCUGGUUAAAUUGACAUCCGGACAGCGUCUCACCAUACCCCUCCAAAGAUUUCAGGCGAGAGCCUCUCAGUUCUUCCAAGGUGCGAGUGUCUUCUCAGUUUUGUAAUCACAAAGUUAUGAACAAAAAGUUUUGAGCUUUGAGGUUAUAUAUACGAACAACACAAUACAUGCACCUAUACUUCCUCUCUACAUCUGAUUUUCCUGUUGCUUUUGUUUUGGUUCUUUAUCGGAUGCAUUUCAUAUCUAUAUCUCUCUAUAUAAUUACUGGUUCAGGGCUGAAUCUUUAAUUUCGUUUUAAUGGAAUGCGACUCUCUCUCUCUAAAAAUGCGUUGCCCACCACCUAUUUUUCGUGGUCUCUUGUCAAGCGUCUACCCAAUACCCAAUACUUAUGUGGUAUUCCAAAACAAACCCAUUUCAAGACAGUUGGUGUUUUCUGUUCGAUUUGGUUCAUCGGCUUGUGCUGCUCUGAAAUAUGUUGAGUCAAACCAGCAGUCAACUAAUUUGGAUUUUGACAAUAAAAAGAAUUCAUCAUAUCUACACAAUGGUGGGUUUAAGAAAAUACCAAGUGGGUUGUGUAGUUCUGAUUGGCCCAAUUCAAAAUUUUCGAGCAAUGUGUUGGAAAGAGAUGCAAGAAGUGUUGGAAAGAGGAAUUUAACUAGGUUUGAUAAUGGUCGCAUUGUAAACAUUGAAAGAAAGAAGAGGCUAAAAUGGUAUUCAGGGGUGAUCCGUGAUUGUACUUUGGUCCGGUCUUUGGAUGAGGGGAGUGCAAUUCAUGGGCAGAUCAUCAAGAGUGGAAUAAACGUGGAUUUGCAUUUGUGGGUCUCCUUGAUUAAUUUUUAUGGGAAGUGUAGGAGAUUAAAUUCCGCACGACAGGUGCUCGAUGCAAUGCCUGAACGAGAUGUUGUGUCUUGGACAGCACUAAUUGCAGCAUUUGUAGCUGAAGGGUAUGGCAGUGAUGGUGUCAUUUUGUUUUGUGAGAUGCGGAAGGAAGGUGUUAGGCCGAAUGCGUUUACCUUUGCGUCUGGUUUGAAAGCUUGUUCUAUGUGCUUGAAUUUAGAGUUUGGAAAGCAAAUACAUGCAGAGGCAAUAAAACGCAGGGCCUUUUCGGAUAUAUUUGUUGGGUCUGCCCUUCUUGACCUUUAUGCAAAAUGUGGUGAGAUGGAAUAUGCAAAUAAAGUGUUCUUCUGCAUGCCCGAGCAUAAUGCUGUAUCAUGGAAUGCGUUGCUCAAUGGAUAUGCUCAGAUGGGUGACGGGGAACAGGUUUUGAAACUGUUUUGUGUUAUGAAAGAAUUGGAUAUGAAGUUUAGCGAGUUUACUUUACCUACCGUCCUCAAGGUUUUUGCAAAUUCAGCAAAUUUGAAAGCUGGCAUGGCUGUGCAUGCUAUGGCAGUCAAGAUUGGGUGUGAAGUUGAUGAAUACAUAAGUUGUAGUCUUGUAGAUUUGUACUCCAAGUGCGGGCUUGCAGAUGACGCACUUAAAAUAUUUAUGAGGAUUAAAAAUCCUGAUAUAGUGUCAUGGACUGCAAUAAUCAGUUGCCUCGAUCACCAGGGUCAGAAACUAGAAGCAGCAAAACUAUUUUGCUUGAUGAGGCGUACAGGUUUGCAACCAAAUAAUUUUACCCUUGCUAGUCUUGUUAGUGCUGCCACUGAUCUGGGUGAUCCUUAUUUUUGUGGAAAUAUCCAUGCCUGCAUUUACAAAUAUGGCUUUGAAUCUGAAAAUUUAGUCGGCAAUGCAUUGAUUGCAAUGUACAUGAAAAUGGGAUCCUUACAUGAUGGUUACCAAGUUUUUGAUGCAUUGAAACAUCAGGAUGUAGUUUCAUGGAAUGCCCUCUUAUCUGGAUUCCAUGACAAUGAAAUUUGUGAUGAAGGGCUUAGAAUAUUCAACCAAAUGCUUGUGGAAGGUUUCAAGCCCAACAUGUACACAUUUAUAAGCAUUUUAAGGUCUUGUUCCAGCCUCUCGAAUGUUGGGUUUGGGAAGCAAGUGCAUGGCCAUAUUAUCAAGGACAACCUUGAUGGCAACGGUUUUGUAGGUACUGCUCUUGUUGACAUGUAUGCCAAGUGCCGGUGCUUGGAAGAUGCAGAAGUAAUUUUUAACAGAUUGAAUGAAAGAGACAUAUUCACCUGGACAGUGAUCAUUUCUGGUCAUGCACAGAUUGAUCAAGGGGAGAAGGCUGUUCAGUACUUCAGUAAGAUGCAAAAAGAAGGUGUUAAGCCCAAUGAGUUUACUCUUGCAAGCUGUUUGAGGGCUUGCUCUGGGAUAGCAAGCCUUGAAAAUGGGCGGCAGAUCCAUUCCUUGGCAAUUAAGUCAGGGCACUUUUGCGAUAUGUUUGUUGGUGGUGCACUCAUUGAUAUGUAUGGUAAAUGUGGUUGCAUAGAAGAUGCUGAGAUUGUUUUUCAGGGUUUAGAUUCACAUGACACAGUGUCCUGGAACACAAUCAUAUGUAAAUACAUGCAACAUGGGCAGGGAAAGAAGGCUCUUGAAGCUUUUAAAAGUAUGUCAGAUGAAGGUGCCAUUCCUGAUGAUAUUACAUUUAUAGGGAUUCUUUCUGCAUGUAGCCACAUGGGUAUGAUUGAAACAGGGAAAAAGUAUUUCAACUCAAUGAGUGAAGUGUAUGGAGUUACUCCUUCAAUUGACCACUAUGCAUGCAUGAUUGAUAUUCUUGGUCGGGCAGGCAAACUUGACGAGGUCAAAAGUUUCAUUGAGGGGAUGGAGCUAACUCCAAAUCCCUUGAUCUGGGAGACUGUUCUUGGAGCCUGUAAGAUGCACGGAAAUAUUGAAUUUGGUGAAUUUGCCGCAAACAAGCUUUUUGAACUUGAACCUGAAAGUCAUACAAAUUAUAUAUUGUUAUCCAACAUAUUUGCAGCAAAAGGGUUGUGGGAUGAUGUUUCAAAGGUUAGGUCACUGAUGUCCAGCCGGGGUGUUAAAAAGGAACCUGGUUGUAGCUGGGUUGAGGUUGAUGCUCAAUUCCAUGUUUUCUUGUCUCAAGAUAGUUCACAUUCAAAGACCAAUGAAAUAUAUCAAAAGUUGGAGGAUCUGAGUGAACAACUUAUUUCAGUGGGCUAUAUUCCGGACAUGGAUUAUGUGCUACAUAAAAUUACUGACAGAGAAAAAAAGAAAAAUCUCUUGUAUCAUAGUGAAAGGUUGGCUCUAGCAUUUUCCCUUAUAAGCAACAAUCCACAUAAAACAAUUAGAAUAUUCAAGAAUCUCCGUAUAUGUGGAGACUGCCAUAACUUUAUGAAGCUCAUUUCAGUCCUUGUGAACCGGGAAAUAGUUAUCCGUGACAUCAAUCGUUUUCACCAUUUCCGUAAUGGUACCUGCUCCUGUCAGGAUUAUUGGUGAUUUUUAUCUGCAGACAUUCAGUGGGAAAUGUAUAUGUGCAGUAAAGAUCUAAAAUAUGGGCAUAUUCCUUAAAAUUAAAGCUGUGGCUUAGUGCCAUAGUUAUCAGACUAAGAAAUGUCGGACUGUUGUUUAUGAGGAUAGCGGUUGUCCAGGUAUGAAAAUUGAGAUCAUAAUUGAACUCCUUUGUUUUGUGAGGCUGAACUUUGCAUUAGGCGAAAACAAUUUCCUAUUAAUGAAGCAUCAAAUGCUUGAUUUUUUCUUCCAAAAUUACUGGACGGACUGAAUGGAAAAUUGGAGCUUUCAGUAUCCUAGAUGUGUAGUUGGAUAACAUGAAGGGCAGCCAGUCACUGGUUCGUAUAUUUGUUUUCAAAAAGAAAAAUGGUUCCUUCUGUAUCCUUAAUACAGUGGAGAAAUGUGGUGCAGCAUUGUUGAGAUGCUUUGGAGAUAUUUAAGCUUUAUGGAUCAUUUGGGAGAUUUAAGUUCUUCCAGUUGCUAGGUUGAUCAUUGAUGCCAUUUCACAUGGGUGACCUGUGAUAAAUGAAUGAGUUGAACAAAAUUACAAGGCAGCAAUGGUGGAGAAUGCUUAUUCAAAUUUCCUAUUGGUAUGAGGCUUUGAACAGAAAACCAAGAUUUAGCCAAGGGUUCUCUCUAUUUAAUGGCCAUUGAGGAUGCUGAAUAGAAAGAAAGAAAGACAAGAUUGAAUGUGAUCUCUAGUCAUCUCCUGGAUGCAUUGCUGUUGAUGAAUGUUGUUUUCUUUGUAUUUCACGUCAUACAUUCUCAUGCAACUGCAGUUUGGAACAAUGUGUAUGGCUUCAACAUGAGCUGGAUUGAGAAGCAGACUAUGAUGUAACCUCUUCUUGACACGGUUGACCAGAAUCAGAUUGGUAUUAACUGCCAGUUAGUUACUCAAGCGCGAAGAUCAAGAACACAACCCAUUGGGAGCAAAUGGUGUUGUACCUGGAAGUAGUUGAGGCCAGAGUCGGAAGCAUUACAGGGGCACAGACGAAGAAUCUGCAUAAUGUUGAUAUAAUGGUCCAAUAUUCGUUCAAGUUAGUGCCACUGCCAGGUUUCCAGAACUCAAAGGCUGGGUUAGUUCAGUUGUGGUCUUCACCAGUCCAUCUUGCCCGAGCAACAUUUGGAUGCGUCUAUAGCUUCGGAAAUUUGCAAUCCGGCCACAAUUGGAUAAAGCUGCUGGCAUUUUCACAAGCAGCAUCUCUAUUAGCAAGGAGUUUUUCUGGAUCUUUUGUUUGUGUCUGGUCAUAGUUAUCAGUUUCGGUUCGCGGUCGCGGUGUGACGGACUUGGACGAAUAUUAAUGUAAACUUUUCUGUUCAUGGAGGUAUAUAACGGUAUCGGACGUUGGGUUAUGAACUGGGCGAUAUGUCAUGUAUCGGUUGAUACGGCGAACCAUGUGUCAGGUAACUUGACAAUCAUUUUAUCUAUAUAAUCAUGCUUUAGUUCUACUGUUACUUCUGUUUGGUUGAAGAAAAAUAGCAUGAGAGCUGUCGUCAAACUAACUAAAUGACUGUAUCUAGCUUACUUUACAAAAUUUUAUUUUAUUUUUUCUUUUCCCAAC